AUGGCCGGAAACUUUGAGCGAAAAUCGAGGGAUAUCAAGCGUAGUUUGGUCCGCCGCGCCCGGAUGCGCAAAGCGUAUUUCAAAAUGGUGGAGAAAGAAGGCGGUGAUCCUGGUCCUAAACCUUGGUCCGAAUCUGGCAGAGAUGCUGAAGACACUGGGUCUGACAGCGAAGACGAGCGGGAGUAUCCAAGACCCAAGGACGACCGCGGGGACCGGACCCCUAGACCACAUCUAACAAAAAAACAACUGGCCAAGCAAAAACGACAGGAAGCCUACCAUAAACUCAAAGAGCUUGAAGAGGCACGCCUGAAGGCGGAGCAGAAGCGGCAGCGUAAGAAAGGAACUAUUCAGAAACGGACUUCUCGCGGCCAGCCCAAGCUAGGGUCCCGCAUGGGCCUGUUGCUGGAGAAGUUGAAGCGAGAACAAUCGGAUUAA